UGGUGCAACAUGCGUUGGAUAAUUCGAGAACAUACUUGUAUUCUCCUGUCCCUUCGUAAAAGAUCACUGAGCUGAGGCUAGCAUACUCCUGACUUGAUAGGCGAAAGACACUUGAAGUUUUGCUCAGGACAUAUCACCUACAAUCUAUUUAAUCGUACAAAUACUUGGGUAACCUUUCGAUUUAAUAUUAUUUGAACAGGUUGGGAUUUUUAUCUUGAGGCCUUGCGUUUUCUAAGCCAAACCAGUCUCCCACACGUCCUACUAGAAUGUUGAGCAUUGCAAGAACAGCUUCAAGGUCUCUCCCCUCGCAGAACUGCACCAGGAGUGUGUCCACCUUGAUAAAGAAGGCUUGCUGGAAUGGAUUACAACAGGACACUCUUAGAGCCAUGGCCAGAAGAGACUAUGCCUCAGAGGCCAUCAAAGGCUCAGUUAUUGGAAUUGACUUAGGAACCACCAACUCCUGUGUGGCCGUCAUGGAAGGCAAGCAGGCUAAGGUACUAGAGAAUGCAGAGGGCACGAGGACCACGCCCUCUGUUGUGGCAUUCACAGCUGAUGGAGAGAGACUGGUGGGCAUGCCCGCCAAGAGGCAGGCUGUGACCAACCCCAACAACACGCUGUAUGCCACCAAGCGUCUCAUCGGGCGCCGCUAUGACGACGCAGAGGUCCAGAAAGACAUAAAGAACGUCCCCUACAAGAUUGUGCGUGCAUCCAAUGGUGAUGCAUGGGUGGAGGCCCAUGGGAAGCUAUACUCCCCCAGCCAGGCUGGAGCCUUUGUCCUGAUGAAGAUGAAGGAGACUGCAGAGAACUACCUGGGUCACAGUGUGAAGAAUGCUGUGGUGACUGUACCAGCCUACUUUAACGACUCACAGAGACAGGCUACCAAGGAUGCUGGUCAGAUUUCUGGUCUUAACGUGCUGCGUGUGAUCAACGAGCCUACAGCUGCCGCCCUGGCCUACGGCCUGGAGAAGACCCAGGAUAAGAUCAUCGCCGUGUACGAUCUGGGCGGUGGCACCUUUGACAUCUCCAUCCUGGAGAUCCAGAAGGGAGUGUUUGAGGUCAAGUCCACCAAUGGAGACACCUUCCUGGGAGGAGAGGACUUUGAUCAGCACCUCCUCACACACAUAGUCAAGGAGUUCAAGAGAGAGAGUGGCGUGGACCUGACCAAAGACAGCAUGGCCCUGCAGAGAGUCAGAGAGGCAGCAGAGAAGGCAAAGUGUGAGCUGUCAUCCUCGCUGCAGACGGACAUCAACCUGCCCUACUUGACCAUGGACGCGUCCGGCCCCAAGCACCUGAACAUGAAGAUGACCCGCUCCCAGUUUGAAGGCAUCGUGGCCGACCUGAUCCGCCGCACCGUGGCGCCGUGCCAGAAGGCCAUGCAGGAUGGCGAGGUCGCCAAGGGUGACAUCGGCGAAGUGCUGCUCGUAGGGGGCAUGUCCCGCAUGCCUAAGGUUCAACAGACCGUCCAGGAUCUGUUUGGCCGCGCCCCCUCCAAGUCUGUCAACCCGGACGAGGCUGUCGCCAUUGGAGCCGCCAUCCAAGGCGGAGUCCUGGCCGGAGAUGUCACAGAUGUGCUCCUGUUGGACGUGACGCCCCUGUCGUUGGGCAUUGAGACCCUGGGAGGGGUGUUCACCAAGCUCAUCAACAGGAACACCACCAUCCCCACCAAGAAGGGCCAGGUGUUCUCCACAGCAGCUGAUGGUCAGACCCAGGUAGAGAUCAAGGUGUGCCAGGGAGAGCGAGAGAUGGCCGCCGACAACAAAAUCCUGGGCCAGUUCACUCUGGUAGGCCUACCCCCCGCUCCCCGUGGCGUCCCCCAGAUUGAGGUGACCUUUGACAUCGACGCCAACGGCAUCGUCCACGUGUCUGAGGAUAAGGGCACUGGUCGCGAGCAACAGAUCGUGAUCCAGUCUUCUGGAGGCCUCAGCAAAGACGACAUUGAGAACAUGAUUAAAAACGCUGAGAAAUAUGCAGAGGAGGACAUGAGGAGAAAGGACCGUGUGGAGGCUGUCAACAUGGCAGAGGGUAUCGUCCAUGACACAGAGUCCAAGAUGGAGGAGUUCAAGGACCAGCUUCCGGCUGAUGAGUGUAACAAGCUGAAGGAGGAGAUCACCAAGGUGCGGGACCUUCUCUCCAGGAAGGAUGCAGAGACGGGGGAGAACAUCAAACAGGCCGCCACCAACCUCCAGCAGGCCUCACUCAAGCUCUUCGAGAUUGCCUACAAGAAGAUGGCGUCAGAAAGGGACGGCAGCGGUGGCAGCAGCAGCUCAGGGCCGUCCUCUGGAGAGGAGAAGAAGGAGGGCCAGCAGUAGAACCUUUUUUGCACUGGAGGUUGUCAUGAAGACAAUGGGGUUAUGAACUGGUGGGCUUGGGAGAUUUGCCGAUGCGUUGUCCUGAGCGAUGUUUGCGUUCAAGUCAUUCUCACCUAUACUGUGUUUUUGCAGUAAAACAAUACAGUACAAUAAUGUUAAUGUAUGUUUCUCUACCCCCCCCCCCCCCCACACACACACACACACACACACUCACACACACACUCUAAUUUAAUUGUCGAUAAUUAUAUAUAUAUAUAUAUAUAUAUUAUAUCCUGUAUGUUUAAACACCAAUUAUUUACAUCUGAUGUGAAGUAGUUUCUGUAUUUUUAUUUUCUGUCUGCGAGCCUACUGGGUUUUAAUGUGGCUCCAUCUCGUCAGUCUGAAAAUGCAGUGUUCCAGGCCAGCCUGGCCGUGCUUCUCCUGGUCUCAGCUGUGUGGGGGCUCCUGCCCUGUUAAGCGUAAAGUUACAUCUGCCUCUUCUGUACCGAGAGAAAAGUAUAGUGAUGGA